UGGAAAAGUUGUUGGGCGACUGCGAGCGAAGUAACAGGAAAGAGCAUCUGCACGCACGCACGCACGGCCUGGUGCGUGUGCAACUGGCGCGGUGUUGAACAAAGCAUGGCAUCCAAACAAGAAGGACUCUCGAGUGAGAACGGCGUGUGGGACGAGCACCAGCAACAGCAACAGCAGCAACAACAGCAGCAACAGCAACAGCACGGACACACAGCUUCAGCACAGGACAGUCAUAACGCCGGCACAGCGUGGGUGCAGGGGCUUGACCGCGAUAAUUCAGCAUCCAGCAACGACAACCUCGAGAACAAUGACUUGAGCCAGCCCACGAGCACGGCUCAACACCAGCAACAGCACCCACAGCAGCAACCACAGCACAGAGUAGACGAUGAAGCGAGUGGGACACACGGCAAAGUUCACCCUCAUGGUGGCAUCGAAGCAGAGGCCAAGCACCGGCACGCUGCGGUCGAAACGGAUGAUAUGGAGCACGCGUGGCAAAGUUUUACCGUUGCACAAACGCGCCAGGACAGCGACGCCAGCAGCAGCACACACGACAAUGGCAAAACUGUGGUGCAGGCUGGGUCAGCCGCAACCAACACACAGUCGCACGAGACCACUCCUUCGCCUAACACCCCGAGCGCUGUGCAAAGCACUGGUGCGCAAAGCACUGGUGCGCAAGUGGCUGCGCGCACUUCCACCGACACCCGACUCGACGCUGCUAGAACAACAACAACAGUGACGGAUGAUGACGAUGAUGGCGAUCGUGGUGAUGAUAACGUCGUUGGUGAUACUGCUGAAGCUGUUGGUGUUGGUGUUGAGCGUCACGGUAGAAGCCGCGGCCCUGGCGCCAACAGCAGCCCGCAACUCACACCGCUGUCGCCGCUGGAGGAGAGCAGGGACGGGCACAGCAGUGUCGCCAGCAGCGUAAGAUCUGACGGCGUGGAUGGCAGUAAGCGCGCGGCAUCAAGCAGUCCACGUCGUAAGCCGGGCAGGAGCGUGUCGGCUUCAUCGGGGCAGUCGAUACAGAAGCGCCACAGCACCGCAGCCGUGUUCCACGUCUCAGAUGUGCACUUCCCAAACUCGUCCCUCAACUGUCUCCACAUCCCGCCAGAGGACCUCGCGCAACAAAUUGCCCUUCUUGAUCUCAACGCUUUCAAGGCCAUCAGGCCAGAGGAGUUGCAAAACUGUGCAUGGACGAAAGACGACAAACACACACGCGCACCAAACGUCGUUGCAUUCACACGGCGGUUCAACUACACGAGCUACUGGGUGAUUCAGGAGCUGCUGUGUGCGGACGGAUUGCAGGACCGCUUGAACCGUCUCGUCCUCUUCAUCAAAGUGGCAAAGAAACUGCACGAGUACAACGACUUGAACGGGCUGCUGGCCAUCAUAUCUGCACUGCAAAGCGCUCCCAUCUACAGACUCCACAGGACGUGGCGGUUGCUGAAGGAAAAACACAGCGAGCGGCUGGAGCGAUUGGAGGAAUUUCUCUCGGGCGACGACAACCACGCCGCGCUGCGUGCCCAUCUGCAAACCACAAAACUCCCCUGCAUCCCGUACCUCGGCCUCUACCUGACGGACCUGAUGCACUUGAUGACAAAGCGGUCGCAGUCAAACGCAACAGAUGAACAGCACGAGGAGGGCGCGGUGUUUGCAGCGCUGCUGCGGUUCCAGCAGUCCUCGUAUGCGUUCAAGGUCAAUGGGUUUGUGCGUGACUACCUGCAGGCGUGGCGCUACAACGAGGAGGACACACGCCGCAUUGAGAAGGAGCAGUACAUGCGGUCGCUGCUGAUUGAGGCGCGAACAGCGGGAGAACCGAAGCAGGAGCACGAUGACGAUGGCGAUGAUGAACAGGAGGCAAGCCCAUCCGUCUUAUCGUCUGUCAACGCCAGGCUGGCAAACUUCAAAUCGAAGGUGAAGAAGAACAGCAGCCUUCCCUUCAGACACGUCCGCGCACAGGGCCACCGCCGCGUGCGAUCACUUGGAAGCGCUUUCCUCCCCGGCAGCAACGCCAACCUGCUCGAAGAUGGCCCGGACACGCCCCUCACGGAAGAUGUGUCGUCCGCAGACGCACACGCGCAUUUCAUUUCGGAGCGCAGCAAUCCGGACUCGGCCUCCAAUGACAGCGGCAGCAGCAUCAUUGCACCAACGCCAACAAAGGAGUCGCGGAGUCGGCAGUUCUUUGGCACGCUCCUGCGCUACACCAGCUCGUCGCGCCAGCAGAAAUCUGAAAGUGCGUCACCGCGUCCCCGGUCCCAUCGCGGGAAGCGGCACAGCAUAUCCGUCGACAGCUCGCUUGACACGUCCCUGGAGGAUGACAGGCCUGGCGAUCACUGGCGGCUUCAGCUGCGCAGCGCAACAAUGAAGGGCGGACGCACGGUCCGGUUUGCCGACCUCGACAACACAUAUGGCGAUGACCACGGCAGUCGUGGUGGUGGCGGUGAUGAUGACGGUGGACUGCGUGCAAUGCUGCAGCACCAGCCGUCCGAUCAAGCGAUGAGCCGUCAACAGGAGUGGACGCGCGGGCACGCACACAACCCGAUGCUUGCGCACGCAACGCGCACACGCAGCUCCCAUGAUGAUCCUGACACCAACGACGAUGGUGGGAGCGGGAGGACUGGCGACAACAGCCAUCGCGCUGACACUGGAGCUCCCACACACAACACCAGCAGCAACACCAACAGCAACAAUAGCAACAGCAGCAGCGGCACCAACAAGCACAAUGCCAACGAGACCAUCGCUACCACCACAACAAAACCAGCAACGCACAGCAGUGUACAUAGCAGCAACCCCGCGCUCGCCAUGACGGCAGCGAGUGUUCCGAGUAUCUACGAACGCGAUUACCCACGCACAUCGAUCCUGGACAACUAUGACAACGACAUUGAUGAUGAUGAUGAUGAUGACGAUGAUGACGAUGAUGAUGAUCCGUUUGGUGUUGCUGCUGUCCUCCCCUCCUCCAGGCCAGGAUCAGCUGAUAUCCUGGGGUCCAUGCCUGAGGACCAGCAGCUGCUGCAAGAAGGUGUGCUGCGACAACGGCUCAGCUUGCCGUGGCGGCCUGCGCGCGUGUACUGGGCACGUCUCACGGCCACGGCACUCCACCUUUACAGACAGUCAUCGCAUAUGAAGGGCAGAUUCGACCGGGAGGCGUUCAAGGAGUAUCCGCAUCGAACCGUGCUGCUCCGUGCGUUUUCCGUUGUUGUUGAUCCUGGAACGCGCCAUCCAUCCUUCCAGCUCUCGUUUGCCGAUGGGUCCAAUUUGAAAAUGUACGCGUUGGAGAAGGAGGCGAGGGACAAGUGGGUGCAUGCACUAUCAAGCCUUGCUUCUGGCUCAAGACCCUUUGACGCUUUCAGCCACGCAUGAAGCGUGAACCAACUGUUGCUUCACCACCUGUCCACACUGCUAGCUUUGUUGCUCUUUCUAUUUGUAUUCCCUUCCCUUCCCUUCCCCUCCCUUCUCCACUUCCUGCUUCACCACCUGGUUUCUUCCUGCUGUCUGCGUUCUAUUUGCGUGGACGAUGGGUUGUGCUUCACGCAUCCAAGACAGCAGCGCACGCAACUCCAACAAGACAGAAG